AUGGAGGGAGCUUAUGAUAUAAGCAAGUGCAUUAUAGACGCCAUAUGUUCUCCAAAUAGCAAACAGCUAGAAGGUGUCAAUCCAGCAGUAAAAUUCGAUGGGAACUGUACGUACAAUUGGCAUGUUGUCUCCUUAUGCUUUUUUCUCGUUUUAAUUAAUUAUAUAUACACGUUCCUUAAUACAAGGUCGAACACACAAUCCAUAGAAUCAAAACCGAAACCGGAGGACAGUGACCACGAUGACCACGAUGAUGAAGAAGAAGAUGACGAUGUGCCUGAUGUUGAGCAUUGCAGUGCCAGUGAUAAGGAGGAUAACUUAAAAGAAAAAAAAGAAAAAGAAGCAGAAACGGAUAAACAGAAUGAGAAGCAUAUGUCAGAAGGAAUGGAACAAAUGAAAACACCUACAAUUGAACCAAAUGUACAAAAACAUCAAGCACUUCUGACAAAUCUGGAAGACAUGCCGGAAGAGGAAUUAGAGGAAUGGAAAAACCAAGAAUGGAAAAAAUAUAUGAUCAAUGUCGAAGAAGAAUGGCAAUUUUUAAAUUUGUGUAUAGAACAAGAAAGACAAAACUGGAUUGAUAGUAAAGACAAGGAAUUAGAAAACUGGAUGAAGAAAAUGGAAAAUAAAUGGAUGGACAUAGAUAAUAUAGGUAAAGAACACCAAUGCACGUUUAUAAAGAGUGACCUCAAAGAUGAUGACCAAAGUCAUUUGAAAGAAAGAUUAAAACACGAAGUAAAGAAUUCUAUCUAUCGCGAUUGGAAAAAUUGGAUACGAGAUAAUGAGUCCUACUUAAAUACAUGGCUAAUAAAACAGUGGACAGAAUGGAGAAACAACAAAAUACUUAACUUUCUCAUGGCUGAAUGGAGACUACAAGAGGAUGAAUACUGGACUGAGUGGGAACAAACAGAAACGUGGAAAUGGUUACAGUUCAAUAAGAGGAGAAAAUGGCUAACAUGGAAAAACAGAGUUUCUAAUGAAAAACAAGAAUGGGAAAAUUGGGUAAAAAUUAAAGAACAACGAGUUAUAUACAAUAAAUAUAAAAAAUGGACCCUAUGGAUUAAUGCAAAAAAACGUUCAAUUAAUCAAUGGGUAGAAUGGCUCGCUGACAAAUGCGUAAAUGACUCCAGAUGGAACACAUGGAUUAAAGAAAAAUAUAAGGAAUUGGUGCUACAAGAGAACAUGGAAAGAGCAGAAUUAAUGAAAAAAUUGAAAAAUAGAAAAACCCAUCAAGCUUCCACAUUUUUAUCCCUUAAUGAUAAACUUGAAUCCGUAGACGAAGCUUAG